UAACUUUGAAAUGAUGAUUGUGACAUGUUUCGAUUUGUUAUGGAGUGGUUGUCGACUGGAAUCAAACUGUAAUUUCUUAACAACUUGGAAAAGUUCAGAAUGGCCUCUGCUAAGGAGUCACUCUCGCUAGAAGAGGCGGAUCAGAAAUUGCUGAACAUCAGCGAAGAGCAGGUCCAAGAGUUUAAGGAGGCGUUUAUGCUCUUUGACAAUGAUAGCAGUGGUUCCAUAUCCACCAAGGAGUUGGGUACGGUGAUGAGGUCACUGGGACAGAACCCCACUGAAGCUGAGCUACAGGACAUGAUCAACGAGGUGGACUCAGAUGGGAAUGGUUGCAUCGAUUUCCCCGAGUUCUGCGCCAUGAUGGCUCGAAAGAUGAAGGACUCAGACGAGGAGGAAGAGUUAUUAGAGACGUUCCGAGUCUUUGACCGUGACGGAAACGGAUACAUCACUUGGACCGAGCUGGCGACUGUCCUCAAGAAUCUCGGAGAGAAUUGUAAUGAGGAAGACGUGAUAGAUAUGAUCCGGCAAGCUGACGGGGACGGCGAUGGUCAAGUUAAUUACGUAGAUUUCCUGAAGAUGAUGUACCCCGAUCGGGAGAUAACUGACAGGGACAGGAUGCUUUCCCAGCGACAGAUCAAUACACCUUUCCGCAUACCUGAUAGAGGAGGGGGGGGGGCAAGGACUACAAUGGCUGACCAAUUGACGGAAGAACAGAUUGCUGAAUUCCGGGAAGCUUUUUUCCUGUUUGAUAAAGAUGCGGACGGGAUGAUCAGCACCUCUGAGUUGGGGACGAUCAUGAGAGCCCUAGGAAUGUCACCUUCACAACAAGAAGUCGGCGAAAUGAUCAAUGAAAUAGACACUGAUGGGAAUGGAACGAUUGAUUUCGCCGAGUUCCUGACGGUAAUGGCCCGCCAGAUGGUGGAUCCACAGAACCAGGAGGUCCUCCGCGAGGCGUUCAAGGUGUUUGACAAGGACCAGAACGGGUUCAUCAGCGUGGCAGAGCUGAGGCACGUCAUGACUAACCUGGGAGAGAAACUCACCGUGGAAGAGGUGGAGGAGAUGGUACGGGAGGCGGACAUUGAUGGAGAUGGGACCAUCGAUUAUGAAGAGUUUGUCCGCAUGGUUUGCAGCGAGUAG